AACUCCUAGGCUCUUCUCUGUAACACCCCACCGCUGCACCACUCGACGAGCGACUCCCCACACCGUACCCACUCGCACACCAACCGCCAUGUCGCACUCGUCUGUCAUGUCGCAGUCCUCCGUCCUCGCGUCCUUCGACCCCCUCGCCGUGCAUCCCUUCACCAACACCUCGGGCCUGCUGCCCAAGCCGGCCGCGCCCUCGCAGUACCCGAUGCCGCUGCCGAGCUCCGCGACGCUCGCCACUGCCCCGCCAUCCACAGCAGCACCGCCCGCGCUCGCCGCGCCGCAGCCAAGGCACGCGAGCCCGAGCAAGGCAGGCGGCGCGCAGGGCGCGAAGAAGGGCCCGAUCUUCGUCCCAUUCCGCCCCGAGCGUUCCUCGCCGGACCUCGAGGACAUCUUGCUCAAGAAGAAGGUCUCCGACGUGCUGUCGAACAAGCAGACCUGGAGCAUCGACCGCGCGCCCGCCCCGAAGGCUGCGGCGAGGUAUUGAGAGGAGGAGGAGGACAUUCCCUGCAUACCCACGUGUUUGGAACCCAUACCCCGUCACUGACUCAUUCAUUCUGACAUUCAUCGAUACCACCAUUGCCCCUCCGUGUCCCGUCAUUGGGGCUCACUCUGUUCGCACACUUGUACAAGUAUAUACUGGGAUCAUGCCUGAAGGUCGUUGCUGCGUCUAGGUCUUAGGAUAACCUGCUAGGGUAAUGGUCUGUCGACUCUGCUAUCCCCAGCUGCUGCCAUUCUUCGUUUACACUACUCAUAUUCUCUGGGCUCUCGGUUGUACCUCUCCAUGGCAGUUCGCCAGAAAUUGA